CGUAAUACGCAAAACACGCUGGAUACCGGGCGCGUCUCGGUGUAUUACGAUUUUUCCUAUUGUUUGCAUUUUCUCGUUCGUUUCCUCUUCUAUUGGUGCUGCUCUCCCCACACUCGCCCACCGGUUGCCGGCCCAUGCACUUUUCCCAUCACUUUUUUGGGGGAAGGGUGGGUGUGCUAUUUCUCCCCACCCGGCCAUCCAAUUUCCCCGAGACGCAUUCCGUUAAACACUUCCGGCAAAGGUGCCCAGCUGUAGAAAAGUGUACGAGCGCAACGUUUGCCAGAAAGGGAAGCUACAAAGAAAGUAAAAGUGUUUCCCAUACUUCCCUCCAAAAAAACCCCACUCACCCUCUUUUCCGAUAGCAUCCCUCUUUCGCACUGUGCCAAGCUUUAAGCUUUCGUGUAGAAGAAAGAGAGAACUGACUAGUUUGUUGUUUUUUGUUGGCCAAAAAGCCCUCCUAACCCUCGUACUGUCAGUUUAUCUCACGACAGCAUCUACCUGCACAGGAACUGAUUUUACGACGGUUUACCGUCGGAGUGUUUUUGUGUGUGUGUGUUAAUGGGCUCCCCCGUACACUGGAGCAUGGCCAUCCAAAUCUGGUGAUCCCGACGCGGAAAAUAUUGCGAAAGCAGUGCAGCGCAACAGAGAACACAGUCGGCGAAACAGAAGCGCACCCGCUCAGGUACACAGCGGGAAAUAGCCGUGGCGCUACUUUCACUUGAGUUCGGUUCGGGUUUCUCGCUUGUAUGCGUGCACAACUUCCGCAUGGUUGGUGAAAGGGGUUGCAAAGCCUCGAGCCAGAGUGGGAAAUGAAGAGGUAUCCCCUCCAAAUGAGCAAGAAAAGGCGAUAGAGAGAGAGAGAGAGAGAACAGCGGUAGUUCCGAUGUGCCAUCUGCCCAUGAGGUUUUGUGCGGGACGUCAUCGUUGUCGUUGCCGUCUGCACGCGCAAGAGUGAAAGUGAUCGGUAAGCGCACGGCCACGGUGAGAGUGACGAAGUUGGAAGGUGAGGGUGCCAGGGUGUGUGUGUGUGGUUUUUUUUUUGGCGGGGGAUUCGCGACCAUCCCCGAACCCGAACCGUAGCCCCUGGAAGUGUGUGGCGUUGCGAGCUUGACGUUGGCUUCGCUGGGCUUACUCUUCGUUCCGAGGUCGAUCGUGCGCGAUCGCGUACUGACGUUCCGUGGUUUUGUGUUGUCCCUGUGUAACGCUGUGCUCCCAGAGCUGUUGUCCGUUGUGUGUGCCACCCUUGCUGCUGCCACCAGUCCCCGGGGUCUAGGUACCGUAAAGCACCCUACCCUCCACAAGGGGACACGCGGGUUGGCUCUUGUAGGUUCUUAGUUUGCGAAAAGAUUCUCAACGCUGCGACAUAGUGUACUCAGGUCGGAGAAAUACAAUACCUCCAGUAGAGGUGAAGACAUCAUAUUGAGUUGAUUAGAUAUAGCGAGUGCGUAAUAGUCUUAGAGUUCUGGAGAAUUUAAAAGUAACUCCUGAAGAACUGAGCAGUUUCACGGCUGAAGUGAUCGGGUCUCUACAUACAAAAGCACCACACCAGUAUACUAAGCGCACUGCUCAACGAGUAUACUAGACACGACUUGCCACUCCAGUCCCGUGGGAAGCUGUUCUAUCUGUGUAGGUGCCAUUCCCGAUCCAGUGUUGCCGGUGUUCCCGAAGGUUUUGUGCGGUUUCCACGGUGCCGAUCAGUGUCUGACUGUACGUCCACAAGUUCGCAAGUUUUGCAUCGCGUUCCGUGCGCUUCACGUGCGUGUGCAUCAGCUGCAUACCGUGCAAGAGUGUUAGUUGUUCUAAGUUCGCGAGUUAGAACACACUGCCAUCCCACCGGCCACUGAUUUGAAUAGAGAAGAGCGCAACAAUACAGAGUAGAAAAAAGCGGCAAGUGCGACCCGCAACGCAUGGUGUAGCACGUACAAGGUCAGCACCGGCGCGCGCGCGCGUUCAUACUCCCGUACACAGUAUAUGCAUUUGCAUACGCGGGUUCUUGGGUUGGGUGCGGAACUGACCGCGAGUGGAAGUGUAGGACCCGUGAGAGGAAGGGGCAAAAAAUAGUACACACAGAGCGCUGCCGUCCGACGCUACCCUAGCCCUGGACGCUAGGAACGCUUUGGCAGAAGCAGUCAAGCCCGUUCCAAGUGUGCGCGGUGGAGUAGUACUCUCUUCCUCGGAAGUUCUCGGUAGCACACUGCCCGGGAAAGUCACUGCAGUGGUUCGCAUUCGUUACGCGUUUGGGUUAGGUGAAGAUUGUCCAGAUAUCGGAAUAUUUGGGGAACGUUCGUGGAACUAGUCCCGCUGGAAGAGAUUAUUGGCAGUAAUCGUUGACGUCGGGUUCAUACUGUGGGUGAUGUUGUUGGGGUGCUAAAUCCCUUGUACGUUGUUCUCCGAUGUCUCUGAUCGUAGUGCCGACCGGUCCCGACGUUGCGGUCACACACAACCGCUUGCCUUUCGCUCUGUGAGCCGCCGCAACCACAACACCAACAACUUCGUUCCAUCCGAUAUUAGACAUCUUGUUGAUUAGUUUUAUGUUCCUUCUUCCCCAUUCUAACUCCUAGAAGUAGACCGAUCGCCGCCAUAUUUAGUAUUCACCGGACGGCUCUAGUUCGUGUGUUUCUGCGUGUAUCCGUGUAUGCGUACGCAUGAUAGUGAGUGGGUGAUUUUGGUUUUAGUGCAUCUCCCGUCUCCCAUCGUUUAACGCUAGUGCAGCAGCAUCCAAACCAAUUAACAUGGCGUGAGUUGGCACGGCAAAUGGGAAUAUCAGUAAUCAGAAACGACGCAUGCAAAUACUUAUCAUGAUGCAGUGUUGCGCCGUAUGUUUGCUGUAGUGGCAUUCCAAAAAGUAGUGUGCGUGGCCCAAAAGUCGCUUCUUCGAAGCGUUUGUUUGGUUGUGAAAAGUGUUUGUGGUUCUGGUAAUAUCGUUCUUGAGUGAGAAAGUAGUGUUGAAUUCCUAACAAAACAAAUCGUGAGUGUGUGGGAAAUUGAAAUCUUUCACUGCGGUGUUGACUAAAGCGUUCUCGUAGGUGUUAGUGCAACAGUGAGUGCGUCCUGUUUUGAAGGAUACAAAAGAAUACCUCGAAUGUUUAAUAUCAACCGUUUAGUGCAAUAUAUUUGGUAAUUUUAAGAUACUCCGCUUGAUAUACCUGCUAAUAUAACGCGUUAAAAUGAAUAUGGAGUUUCAACCCCUGCCACCGGUGUCCACCAUGAACAUCGGCCCUCCGACGCCGUCCCCAUCGCCCCACAUCCAGAUACUCUCGAACGGUAAUGGACCCGCGGGAGGUGGUGGUGGUCCUGGAGGCGGUCACAAUGGUAUGGGACCCGGAAACAACGGUGUACACAGUCAGCUGCUUGGGCCGAUGCCACCACCCAGCAUCUUGCCGAUCGGUAUGCCGCUUCAGCAAGUCGUCCACAACCUCCAACAUCUGACCAAUGUCGGAGGGCUUAAUAUGGGUCCACAACAGCAGCAGCAGCAACAACAGCAACAGCAACAACACCAGCAACACCAACAGCAGCAGCAACAGACGCAUCAAAAUUUGCUCACCAGCAACACACCGGGAGCGAACGGUUUGACCGGAAUUCAUCAUGGCGGCACACAAAAUUUGCCUCCAACCUCGCAGCUACUGCAGGCCAUCCACCAGAAUACCAGCAACAACAAUAACAAUGGAGCCAAUAAUAAUAACAACAACAACAAUACGAUUAACCUGAACAACAACAGCAAUAGUAAUGGUAACAACAAUAACAACAGCAUCACACAGUACCAGGUGCAGCAGCUUUGGAGACAUCACGCAUAUCUAAACGGUAAAACAAGCAAUAACAAAGAUAUCUGCGGCGAGGACAAACACAAAGAGGAGAACGAUCCAUGGAACGUCGAAACACACUCCGCGUUCCUCGGCCCGAACCUGUGGGACAAAACCCUGCCCUAUGACUCUGAUCUCAAAGUGCAUCAGGUGAGUGAGUAUGCUGACCUGGACGAGUUUCUCUCGGAAAAUGGCAUUCCGUACGAUGGAAUACCGAACAGUAAUCUGGGCAACUCGACCAGCCUGACCGGCCAACGGUCGGACAGCAUCGGCCACUGUGCAGGGCUGUCGCUGUCCGGCCUCGGGCAGGUAACCACCAAACGUGAACGAUCGCCCUCGCCAUCGGAUUGCAUGAGCCCGGAAACGAUGAACCCACCGUCACCGGCCGAUUCAAUUUUCGAUGUUACAGCGUUCUCGAUGUCGUCCACCCGUGACUUUGAUCCGCGAACGCGCGCCUUCUCGGACGAGGAGCUUAAGCCCCAGCCGAUGAUCAAGAAGUCCCGCAAACAGUUCGUACCGGACGAGAUGAAGGAUGACAAGUACUGGGCGCGCCGUCGAAAGAACAAUAUGGCGGCGAAGCGUUCCCGUGACGCGCGCCGCAUGAAAGAAAACCAAAUCGCGCUCCGUGCUGGUUACCUGGAAAAAGAGAACAUGAACCUACAUCGAGAGGUGGAGCAGCUGAAGCAGGAAAACAUGGAGCUGCGCGCCCGGCUGUCAAAGUACCAGGAGGUAUAAUCUUAGCCUAUCCCGAUGCAACAAUCCACGCUACUUCUACUUCUAGUACUACUGUUACCACUACGACUACUUGUAAACUACUAUUGCUACUACUAUCGGCCGUGCCCGGUCGCAAAACUGGGCAGAGACAGCACGUUUUCCAGCACGUUUGCCGCUUUUACCAUCAUCGGCCGGUAUCAUCGUCAUCAUCGAACCCGGCCGGCACUAUUGUUCGCGGCUUUCGCGCAUUAAACUCGUCUAACCAACGUUACCACCGAUCACUGGCAAAAAAAAACAACCGGCAGCAUACAUUCAGGGCAGCAGCAGCCCACAAGCAGUGAAAGGCAGCUUUUUUUGUCCACUAUUCCUUCUUUCCGCGAAAGGAGCAACCUGGUAAAAAGGAUGGCAAAAGGGCAAAACACACACACAAUAAUGGGUAGUAAAGGAUUUGAUCGACAUGUUAAGCUAGUGUGCACGCCAAACCUGAUCCUAUGUUAAGGACUGUCCAUUAGGAAAACAUUCGGGCACAGCUACGGGAAGGAACUCGGCAACUCUCAACGGUGACAACGAGUGACAGUGUUAAGGGGAAUGGCUAUUAUAGUUGUACGUUAUGUUUUUUCGUUUUCGGUUGUUACUAAUAUAGGCUCCCGUAGGCUCUUUUGUUUUGUAGGUUUGAACUAGUUGAACAGUUUGAUAGCUAAUAGACUCGUUCGAUAGAAGAGACGGUAGCUAAAGCGGAUUACGAAGCGAAGGGUGUGAGCGUGUGUACGCAGAUAGAGGCAGAUCGUACCGAAAUCACUUCCUUCUUUAAUGCAGCAUAAACAAAGUUAUUAAAUGACGUGUUGAAAUUAGUUUAGAUAAAAAACCGCAGCGUUAGAAAUAUAUGGAGUACAGAAUUGGGAGAAAAGUAUGUUACAUACAAACAAGCAAAAAGAAAAAAAGGUUUAAAACACUCUCACCCGUACUCCCAGCCUAUUAAAGACCAUAGGUUUAAUACACACAAUUACUCAUGUCCUUCUCCAAGGAAUAUAAGUAGCAGAACAAACCAUUAGAAGAGUAAAUACACAUUUAGCAAAAAUACAAGGAUGGGGUUAAGCUUAAUGUCGUUGCGCUCGAUUAGAUAAUACAAAAUGGCGCAGGUUUGUUUUUCCCAGUUUAUGUUCGUUUUGUUUUAUUUUUGAUUACAAUCUGGUUUUGCGGUUAGUGUAACACAGUUAGAAAAGGUUAUAUGUUACCUUACUUCUUUUCUUUUCGAUCUUUUGCAACCAAAAAAAAAAACAAACAUCACAUUGCGGAAAGAUCGAAAAGUUGUAGUGUAAAUUAUAUGCUGGAUUUGUGCAAUUGGUAGCUUAUACUGUAACGUGUGUUCGUGCGCGUGUAAAAGGAAAUAACGCAUAAUAAAUCGGUAAGAGUGUAACAGCAAGGCAGCGCAUUAGGAGCGAUAAGGAAGGAUUUUUUUUUGUAGGAGAGAGCAUACUCGUGUCAAUUCCACAAUUGAAUUUUCUCCUUUCAUACUAUUGUGUUGUUGUAAUGGAUGUUUUUUUUGUUUUUUGUUUUAAACAUAAAAGGGUUUUGGUUUAAUGUGAAGGAAUUGCACUGCACCUCGAUUUGUUAAACGACAACAAGCUUGAACGAUGGCGUACCGUGUAAGCAACAAACUCUCGCCUCGAUAAUUUCAGAAAUACCAACCCCCAAGAAAAGAAUCUGUUAAGCAGCGGUUAAGUAACGCUAAAAGAAGUAACAGAGAACGAUAACGACGAUGUAGGGCUGUGAGUUUAUCAAAAAAGGAAGAUGGAAAAAACUGGAGAUAAAAACAAAUCAAGUUCAUCUGAUAACAAACGAUUGUUAAGGAGAAAAACUCCCCACCCCUCCGCAUUGGAAAUAACUCCCACCCCUUUGAUCCUGUUUAAAAAAAAACAAAUGCAAACGCAUAAAUCAAUAUUAACCAAGAAGGAUAAUUUCCAAUUAAGUAAACAAACAAAUUUAAAUUCAAAACACCCAAGCCUUAGUAAACGUUCUUUCGUAAAACAAGACGACUCCUUUGCAUCGUACCAAUUUUUGGGGGGAAAAAUGAAACAAAUAAAUACCCACUUGGCACAUGGUGCACCAUCGGUACGAUGCGGAGCGAUAAAAAGGAUCUAGUAAAGGCAUUUUAAACAAAAAAAAAAGAACCAUGGAUGGAUAUGCACUUCCGUCACGCUCCUCUACCAAACAGACAGAAGCGCGUAAUGUUAAAGAAAUGCCUUCGGAAUUAUCUUCCAAAAACUACCACCCGACUCGACUCCAUCCGAUCAGACUGUUUUGGAUCGGUGGACCAGUGUUGGGUUGGGCAGGAUAAUGUACAAAAUCUGCAACGGAGAAGGAUCGGAAAGACCUUGCACAACUAUUUUUCAUCCUUCAUAUUUUUCAACUCUCUACUAACUGCUGGAAGUGAGGCGACAACUCUUUCCCCUUCCUUGGGAUGUUUUUCGUGUGCAUGAUUGCUAAUAGUUGAAAGUGUUUAAUCACUCUGCACCGUCCCUUGUCAUUCAAAACCCACUUUCGUCCUUAUACUCGUACUCACGCACGCACACACACACACAGAUCGGUACUCGAACAGUGCGUGUUCUAGCUCACCGUUUCGCUUCGGAUCCGGAAGCCUUCCUAUUUCUCUUGGAAAAACAAAAUGUGCAGCCGUGUGUUAUAUACCGAUAGUUGCGCUGUUGCGAUAAGAAAAAAGAUGCUAUAGCAAGAAUAGUAAUAACUGUUGGGAAUAAUAAUUGUUACCGAGUUAUACAACUUACAACCUUUUACUUUUGCGUUCUAGUUAUCGUUAAUGUACUGGACACUUUCGAGAGACAGUGUAACUGGCUGGUGGUAUUGGUUUGGUAAAUUAGGAUUGAAGUUAAGAAUCACCCGUAGUGAUCUGCUGCGAAAACCCGGUAGAGACGUAAUGCAACCGUAGUACAUGCAUUCAGUAGCACGAAAUGAGGUGUAGUGAAGGAAGGAAUUAUCUUAGCAAAAACACGUUGACAUAAAUGACAAAUUACAAUGAACAGUAGGAGCCUGAAUACCUUUCGGCCUUACGCCGGCCUUUGUACAUACGUUCGAAAUGUUGAAAUUAUAACAAACAAAAACAUAGCAUUGUAGCGAGAAGUAAUUGCUGCUCUAGAGCGCCGAUUAAUAGCAUGUGAGCCCAUAUUGUUGAGUACACAAUUUUAUCACACGAAGUACUAGUGGGUACUGGGGUUUCCCGAAACCAGGCUUUCGCUUGGCGCUUGUGUCUGUGUCGUAUUUCCCGCCAGGCCAUACCUGUGAAUGCAUAAAGGAGGUCGCAUGAACAUCCCGGGUACCGGGCACUACUUGCUCCUGGUACUUCUUCCCGGAGGCCCGGUUGUAAAGCUGCAAGAUUAGGCUGUGUUUCCCCCAAAUAGCCGCUGCAAAACCGGGUUGAACAGUUACCGUGACCUGUCCAAGAAAGACAAACACACACACACACACACACACUCGUUAGUAACGGUAGCGAAAUGAGAUUGAUGCCCAUUUCGAAACUACCCUGCACCGUAGACUGUUCUAGCUUUCGUUAUGCUAGCGUUGGUUGGAAGCAAAACCUUCUGGGACAUUAGUCAGAGGCCGUUGCUCACGAGCUGCAUACGAGCGAUUCGAUACUUCGGAGUUAGCACAAUAGUGUAAAUUUCGGCAAACCUAAAGGCAAUGGUGGGUGAUGUUGCGGUAAAGGUAAAGAAAAGGAUAAUGGUACCGGUAGGAGAGGAAGUGGAAGUGUGGCGUCUCAUCAGGCAAGAUGAAAAAAAACAAACAAACAGUAAAUCACAAAACAAAACAUCGCUACCGUAAAUGAAUAGAAAAAGAAAGAGAUAGCGAGAGGAUGAGCGAGAGAAAAAGAAAGUGAAAACGUGUAAAAAAUUAACAAAAAAAAAAAGAAACCAAGAAAAGAAAGAACACGAGAGCAAACAAUUAGUAGUCUGAUUCAAUUGUAGUGAUAGUAACAUUUAGUAAGUGACACAAGGCGAUAAAUAUGUAAUUUGAUAAGUGAGCGCGAAACAGAGGAAAGCAACAAACGAAACAAAGCAAACAGAGCUACCAAGAGCUACAACACAAUACAAAGCAAACAAAACUAAUGAAAAAAAAAAAACACACACACACACAUAACUAAAGAAAAUACAAAAUAAUGGAAUGAGCAUGAGAAGCAAAGGCAAUUCCGAUUUGCCGUGUUGAAGUGGGAAGUGUAGAAAAUAAAGCAAAAAGAUAGAAGAAAGUAAAAGUAAAAUUAAAGGAACGAUGCAUAGCUGAUAUUAGUGAAAGAGGAUUUGUGGAUAAAACGUGUUAAACAACAAAACAAAACAAAAACAAAACACAAAAAAUAGAAGUCACUAGUAAGAACAAACUACGCUACUAGGAUGCGAAGUGCUGUUGUUAAACUUUUUGCGCACACCUGAGUUACCCUCCAGUGUCAGUUUCCUUUAGACAGCUUUCCCCCUUUCUCUACGUAACCCCAGCCUCACUGCUCCACACAAGAAUCCUCCUUUAAGAAUAAGAUUAGAAAAAAGCUUAUAAAAAGAAUUAAAGAAACAAAAAAUCAAACUACAUAUAAUGAUGAUUUGAACAAAACAUAAGAACAAAAAAAAACAAUAUUUUGCUGCACACGAGCUGCCGUAAGCUGGUGUUGCACAGUAGUAACAACUCCACCACACUCAAAGAGCAUUACAGUGACAGCAUCAAGUUACCAUCGAUUUUCGUUACCUAGCAAAAAUUUCCCUACUUCUUUUCUCACUCAUUCUAUUAUUUUCAUUCGACGAUCUUCUUCUCACUGAUGGCAAGAAAUUUGCUCAUCACUUUAAACAGGGUAGUGAUGGUGUUCGUUUUGCUGAUUUGUUUGUUCUUUUUUGUUUGUUUCCUUUCGAUGCUUUUCAUUAUCAAUUAUUUUUUGUACAUAGCUUUUGUUUUUCUUCUCUCCCUGCAACGAUAAAACGUUUCGUUUUGCUUCUGUUAGUGUAAUAGUUUCGUUUGAACAUUGUUGAAUCGUUUGUAUGGAUUCUUUUACUUUGCCUUACCUUUGUGUUAGUAUGGUGUAAAAGGGAUGCAACGCUGCCAGUUUGCUGAUGUCUCUUAGCGUGUCUUAGCGUGUGAGAAAAUACUGUAGCAAAAACCCUGCGACAAUGUAGUGUACAUUCGUAUGGCACACAAUUCACAUUUUUAAUUGCAAGCACGAAAGGGAAAAAUUAAAUCAGCAUACUAUAAACCACGGAUAUAAAAGAAACACACACACACACACUCCUGCACCUAGUUAUGACUUCACACCCGGAAAGAUUAUAAGUAAGGAAACGAACGCUAAGCUAAGAAAACAUCCCGAAUCGGUGGGAGGGUGACAAAUGCAAAACAAAGAGAAAACAUCAGCAAAGGAGAAGAGAGAGUGUAGCGUUGUGUAGUAAAACAAACAAUAACAAAAAAUCAAACAAAAGUGUAGAAAGUAAACUUAAUUACUUAUGGUUAAGCGUUUUCAUUUUUUUUUUAUUAAAUUGUUAUUACAUCUAUUAGUAGGCAGCUUUACAAUUAAUUAGGAACGGUUAAAAAGUCUUUUCUAACUUCUCCCUUUUUCUCCCUUUUUGCUUCUCUAUUAGGUGUGUAAGGUUUUUCUUUCUCAGUCUCCUAUUUUUUUUAUCUUCCUUAAAUCGUUUAGGUUUUUGUUACUAUUUAGGAAUCGUUAAAAUUUCUUACACAUUUUGGCACUGUUUUUUUUUUCGUUUUGCAAAAAGUUAAACCAAAAAGCCUCUCGUAGCAAAAAAAAAAUGUUUUGAAAUUAACAACAAUUGGGUUGUUAGAGAGAAAAAAAAUCAAAAUGUUGAUCAGUCUAAAUUUACAAACUAAAUUUGUUACCAUUAGUACUAUUAUCUCUUCACUACUUAAUCCCUUUUCCCAUUUUCAUACUACAAAGCCUGCUAUCAUGUAAAUGUUGAUUAGUUUAGUGAUUUGUUUUUUUCCUUUCCUUUUGUUGGUUUUUGUGAAUAUUAUCGGUUUAAUGUUUAGUGCUGUUUAUCUUUCAUUUGUCCUCUUCUUAUAUCCUAUCUUUUUAUUCUUCAUCCUGCUGCAGCUCGGUUUGUGUUUUUUUUUCUUCUGUUUCAUGUAAGCCAAUUGUUUGCUUUCAUUAAAAUAAAGAUAAGGAAGCUGUUAUACAAAAUGGGAAAGUAGAGAAUUUUGCAAAAGUGAAGAACAAAUAAUACAGAAAUUAAAACAUCGCUUGUUGUUUUCUAAUCGUAUCGACAUACUAAAGAAAAGAACAUACUCAUAAAUACAAUCACCCACUUAUACACAAACACACACACACACAUUAAAGUGGCAAAGACAUGAAAUAAGUGUAGUGUUAGAAUGGCAGCGUGGAAUUAAGACGAAACUUACGAGCAUUCACCCAUUUUUGUUUUCUCUAAUUUUACUAACCUUAAGUAAUGCUGUUUUCUUCCGUUUCUACUAUAUCAUAUCUAUAACUACGAUACGUACAAAAGCACACAUACACGGUAAAACAUUCUUUUCUCUCUCUCACACACACAUACACGCACACGGACACAUACUGAGUCACUGGACAAACGAAAGAUGGAAACGUAAAAGGCGAGAAUGGAUAAAGAAAUGAAGAAGAAGAAGAAGAAAAAACAACCCCCCUGGGGGCGAAUGCCUCUACUGUCAUCAAUUACUAUUAUUAUUAUGAUAAUUAAUUAUAUUAAUAUUAUUAUUAUUAUUAUUUUCUAGUGAAUGAUAACGAUUUUUUUCUUGUCUGAAAAGAGAUCAAUAAAACUGUAAGCAUAGUUAAAUGACAUUUUGUUUUCUUUAAGUUUUUGUUUCGUUUUGUUAAUCAAGUGUCGUAAUAGAAAUGAAGUGAAAAAUAAAAUAAAAUUAUUGAAAAAAUAACUCAAUAAUAACGGCGCAUCGAAACGACAGUGUUUGAGUGCUUUGGUUGGUUUUUGUUUUUAGUUUGGGUUUGUUUGAGUUCACAUUAUGCAUCCUACCGCAGGGUGUUGCUCCCAUGUAUGGCUGCAUAAAUGAAAUCCUAAUACAAUUAUUCAACGGAAUACAGGUAGUUACAGACAAAAAAAAACAUAAGCGCAAACCCCUAAACAAACACAAAGAGAUUUCUAGUUGUAAACCUUGUAAAACCCCUUUAGAACCCUCCGCCCAUGAAGCCGGGAGCGAAAAGGGUCUCCCCCUACUUAACCCUUUUCUUAAUGAUAGUAUCCUUCCACGCGAACACAGACAGAGACUCACCGAACUAUAUUAACACCCUUGUAGUGGAUUAUAUAGCGUAUAUACAGGAGCAUUAUUAUAUUGUAGUGUAUUAGUGAUUGUAGUGUUAUAACCGUUAUACUGUGCCGCUUUUCUAGUGAGCGUGUGAAAUUAAACACGGCCGUUCUUUAAAGCUAACGAGCGAGAGAGACAGAGAGAGAGAGAGAGAGACGAAGAGAGGAGAGAAAUCGAAAUUGGACUCCAUUUUGCUGCUGUUACUUUUUUCACUCACGGCUCAUUAUUUUCCUUCGCCACACAAAAUAAAAUAUUCGACCGUCCUGUUUAAAAGCAAAAACUACCUAUAACAAUAAAAUUUCCCUCUCUACAAUAAACCUAAAUGUCCCAAA